AUGCCCGAGAGAAACGAUCACUAUGUCGUCGAGGGUAUUACCGAGUACCUCAAACCCGGCGAUCCAAUCCCGGAGAGGAGAGAAGUCGAUGAAUGGUAUAACUCCAAGGCCAUUAUUGAUAGACUCCAAGUAUUCGUCUUCUUGAUGGGGUUGAGAGAAUUCCAGGCAAUGCCACCUGUGGAUUCUGAGGGUAACCCAAACACACUGUCGUAUUUCCAAGUAGCUGGUAUCCACGGUUAUCCAAAGAUUCCGUGGGAUGAAGAAACCACAACUAAGGCCCCGGAUAACGAUUGGGGUGGGUAUUGUACCCAUAACUCUAUUCUCUUUCCCACUUGGCACCGACCUUACAUGCUUUUGUUCGAGCGUCUUAUUUUUAACCACAUGCGCGGAUGGGUUGAAAACUCAGGACUUGGUCAAAAUGUCAAAGACCUCCUCAUCGAUGCUAUCAAGACUUGGAGACUGCCUUAUUGGGACGAGUCUAAGGAGUAUGAUGGCGGUGUUUAUAAAUUUCCAGAUAUUGCGAUGAAGCAAUAUAUUCAGAUUCCUUCUGAACAUCUCCUUCAAGGGCCGGGUUAUCUUGACCGUGUACUUAAUCCAAUGGCUAAGUUUACUCUUAAGGAUGGUGAGAAUUUCGGCAUGUACGGCGUUGAUUAUGUGGAUGAUGAUGCGAACUUUGGAAUAUGCCAAGCUACAGGCAGAUGGCCCAAUGCGACGGUUGGAGAAGAAUGGAUCAAUGGUGCCAACAAUUACACCAACAUCACCGAUGCUAUGGAAGAACAUAAGUGGUAUCAAUGGAAAAACGAACCAAAGCCACGUACACUUACUCUAGCGAAUGCCGUCUUUCGACUUUUGAGCCAUCAGGACUCUUCACCUUUUGCUGCCUAUGAGUGUUUCGCCAGCACUCGGCAGUAUAGCGAUCCAAGGGAUAAGACUCUCAGACCCCCACUCAACUGGCUAUCGAUUGAGGCUAUCCAUAACAAUCUGCAUAAUUGGUCUGGAGGACUUGGGCACAUGAGUGAAAUCCCGGUAUCAGCUUUUGAUCCACUUUUCAUGCUUCAUCAUUGUAACAUCGAUCGUAUUUUUGCAUUAUGGCAAAAUAUUUGGGGCGAUGGAGCUGAACACUGGGUGAAAUCAUCGUACCCAGAUCACAAGUGGGACGACCCCAGCGGUAACUGGAGCACAGUGCCUGGCUCAAUAGUCGACUCUACAACUCCCUUGGCACCUUUCCGUAACGGCUCUGGAGAGAAUGACUAUUUUACUUCUGAUGAUGUCAAGGAUUGGUCCACUCUAGGAUACACUUAUACCGGUCUCCCGAGGGAAUGGAAGCCAAAGGUUGGCGGUGCUGCAUUGGCAGCCCAAGAUAAUGUUGAAGGACUCUCCGUCGGACUUGGUCUUCAGUUCCGCCGUGAGGUUGUCCAAGCGAUUAAUAAGUCACAAGGUAUUGCCCGAAAUGAAUUUCUGGCGUGGGCCGCAGCAAAGAGGCGUGAGAGGGAUGGAGAUGACGAAGAAGAUGGAGACUCUAAGAAGUCGGGAAGUAUUGUAAAGGGUGGUAGAGAUGGUGAAACGUUUAACGAUUACGUCGCUAAUGUUACGUAUAACAAGUAUGCUCUCGGUGGAAGGUCAUACGUCGUUCAUUUCAUUUUGGGCGAUGCUUCGAAGGGAGAUUCUGGGAAGAUUUUAGUCGGAGAUCGUGCGGAGAUUGUGGAUACAGUCUACAACUUCGCGGGAACCGACCCUGCCGCAUGCGCGAACUGUCAACGACAGCGUGAAGAAGGAGCGCUCUGCGUUGCUCAGGUAUCUCUGAAUCGCGCUCUCUUGAAGCUUCUUGAGGAUAAUUCCGUGGAGCUGGAUACCCUUGAUGAGGAAGUCAUGACAAAAUUUCUUAAUGACGAGUUGAAAUGGUUUGUUACGGAUAAAAAGGGUCAAAUUAUUGAUAUAGAAACUCUUCUGCCGCACUUCGAGGUUCACAUUGCGGUUGGAGAAGUCAAGUACUAUUACGAUACUACCAAAUUGUCAAAUCACGGGAGCUACCGAGUACUUGAAGGUGCCACUGAUAGCUAUCCGGGAGGCUGGAAGGCUUAA